GUCCAGAGUCUAGUGAUUACGGUCCAAUAUUAAUGCAGUGACGCUAACGAUUCGAGAUUCGAGAAAAAAGGCAUACAAAAUCGCUGGACACGCAUUAAGUUUACAAGGCCUUUCGAUUUUUUGUCAAUUUUUGCCAAGUACACACAUUACAUAGCUAGGCAAACAAACUUCUCGUAUUAAGUUUGAUGCGAAGUUGAGAAUUGGAUGAUAAAUUCGUGAACAUCCGUCCUGAAAAAUCAUCGUAAUCAUGAAUUCGAAAUCAAUGUCGAAACUGGAUCUUAAAGAUACAGUGAUCCUUCAUUGUAUCGAAAGGGGCAAACCAAUUCCGAGCAUAUCGCCUUUCGUUCUCAAAUUGGAAACUUAUCUCCGCAUGGUGGACAUUCCGUAUCAGGUCGAUACUACCAAACCUUUUGGACCAAGCGGAAAAACUCCCUGGAUUUCUUUAAACGGUGUCGAUAUGACCGACUCUCAGCUAAUUAUUGAGUUUCUUAACAAAAAAUAUGACAAAAACCCUUGGGAAAAUGUGAGCCCUGAACAGAAAGCAUCCGCACGAACUGUACGCGUCAUGCUAGAAGAGCAUUUCUUCUGGGGGAUGGCACGUUGGAGAUUUGUUGAAGGCGUCCAAAGCAUACCCAAUCUGAUAAAUAUUUCCGGUGUAAAGUUCCGUCUACUAAAGUGGGUAUUUCCGGGCCGGAUAAAGAAAUCAAUGAAUGCUCAAGGAUUAGGACGACACCCUCCUGACACGAUCGUCAAACUUGUCUCUGACGACUUGAAAGACGUUUCCGUCCUGUUGGGGGACAAACCUUUCAUAGCCGGGGAUCAACCUUGUGAAGCGGAUUGUGCACUUUUUGGCUCUAUUGCUCAGUGUGUGUGGGCUAUGCCGGGGUCACCGUAUCACAAUUUGGUGGAAAAUGAAUUGACCAAUCUGAAAGAAUAUUGUAUCAGAAUGAGGGCAAAGUACUGGGCGGAUUGGGAAGAUUGUUUGUUUAAGAAUAUUAAAGCCUGAGCACAACUAAAAAAAUCUGUAGUGUGAAGUGAAACGCAAUUCCACUUUUAAUGUCAUUGCUACAUGCAUAAUUCUGCUUUUAAUUAUACGAAAUCUGUUCUGUGUUACAAAUACAACUUAAAAAUAAAACAGUAGAAAAAUACAUUACCCAU